CACGUGAACAAUGGAGGUGAACCAGAGCAAAAUGAUCACGUUGAAUAGUUCAAACUAUCAGCUGUGGAAGGGGAAAAUGGAAGACCUUCUUUAUGUGAAGGAAUUUCAUGAGCCUGUCUUUUUAGAGCAAAAGCCAGACAGCAUGAAGGAUGAAGAAUGGAGGCUACUCCAUAGGCGAGUGUGUGGAUUUAUCCGGCAAUGGAUUGAUGAUAGUGUGCUGAAUCAUAUCAAUGAUGAAACUAAUGCACGCACACUAUGGACAAAGCUAGACCAACUUUUUUGGGCAAAGACUGCGCAAAAUAAAUUGUGCCAUAUAAAAAAAUUGAUGGACUCAAGGUACAAAGAUGGCACUCCCACAGCAGACCAUGUUAAUGAUUUCCUUGGCAUCAUCAAGGAGUUAGCCAAUUUGGGCAUAGACUUUGAUGAUGAAGUGAAUGGUUUGAUUCUUCUCAAUACCUUGCCGAAAUCAUGGGAGAGUUUUAGAUCAACAACAAUCAACUCAUCUCCUGGUGGUCAAGUUACACUGGAAAUUGCCAAAAACAGGAUCUUUGAAGAGGAAAAAAGGAUGCGAGCACUGGGAGUCUUCUCGCAACCAGAUACUCAAGCUCUUGUCAUGGAGAAUAAAGGCAGAAGUAAAACCAGAGAACCUAGAGGACGAGGAGGCAGAUCCAGAUCCAAGUCCAAAAGUAGAGUGAAAUGCUAUCAUUGUGGCCAACUAGGCCACAUGAAAAGGAAUUGCUACUUGUUGAAAGGAAAAGACAAGAAAAAGGUUGAAGAUGGCAAUACAACCGCUGUAGCAUCUACCAGUGGCGGUGAUGUGACUCUACUAUGUGAUUGUGGAGAGUGCUGCCAUGUAGAAAACUUGGAUGCCGAGUGGAUAAUUGAUUCUGGUGCCUCUUAUCAUUGUGUUCCCAAAAGGGAAUAUUUUUCAACAUACAAAGCAGGAGACUUUGGCACCAUAAAAAUGGGAAACAAUAGUGUUUCUCAUAUUAUGGGAGUUGGUGAUAUCUGUGUCCAGACAAAUGUUGGGUGCACAUUGACACUAAAAAAUGUGCGACAUGUUCAUGAUAUGCGUAUGAACCUGUUGUCUGCAAAAGCACUGGAUGAAGAAGGAUACGCACACUACUUUGGGAAUGGCAACUGGAAACUCACCAAAGGAUCAAUGGUGGUGGCAAAAGGGAGAGCAUGUUGCUCAUUAUACAAGACACACAUGAAAAUGUGUGGAGGUCAACUGAACAAAGUUGAAGAUGAGGCUUCUCCAAAUUUAUGGCGUGAAUAUGUGAAUCCUUGUGAUGUUUGCCUAUUUGGAAAGCAACACCGAGUUUCUUUUCAGAAGAAUUUGACUCGGAAGGAGAACAAGCUAGACUUGGUCUACUCUGAUGUUUGUGGUCCCUUGGAGGUGGAGUCGUUUGGUGGCAAUAAAUAUUUUGUUACCUUUAUUGAUGAUGCAACUCGGAAGACUUGGGUAUACUUGUUGCAGAAAAAAGUUAACACAGCAGUGUAUUUGAUCAACCGGUCGCCUUCAGUUCCUUUGAACUUUGAAAUCCCAGAGAAAGCUUGGACGGGAAAGGACGUUGGAUACUCUCACUUGAGAGUGUUCGGGUGCAAAGCAUUUAUGCACGUGCCAAAGGAACAGAGAACAAAGCUGGAUGAUAAAGCCAUUCCAUGCAUUUUUGUUGGAUAUGGUGAUGAGGAGUUUGGCUUUAGACUAUGGGACCCAGAAAAGAAGAAAACUGUCAGAAGUAGAGAUGUUGUGUUUCAUGAACACGAGAAAAUUAAUGAUUUGAAGGAGGAAAAAGCUAUAAGAAGCUUUGGAGAGGGUGUAGAAGAUCUAACAUCAGCAAAAACUCCUUCAAGAAAAAUUACAAAUGAAGAAGAGGUGCAAGUACCAGAAGACGAGACAGAGGAGCCAACAAUUGAAGAAGAUGAAGCAAGUGUAGAUAGAGGAAGCAAUGAGCAGGGGGAGCAACCCUUGCCACAGGAGGAAAAACCUCAGUUGAGAAGGUCCACCAGAGAGCACAAACCAUCUGCAAGAUACUCUAGUUCUGAUUAUAUCCUAAUCACUGAAGAGGGGGAGUCGGAGAACUUCCAGGAGGUGCAGUCUCACAAAGACAAAGACUGCUGGAUGAAGGCCAUGCAGGAAGAAAUGAACUCCUUACAUAAGAACAAUACUUAUGAGCUUGUGGAACUUCCUAAAGGAAGAAAAACCCUGAAAAACAAGUGGGAGAAGUAUGUUGAACGGUUGCUUGAAAGGUUCAACAUGAAACAUGCUAAGCCAGUUAGCACUCCUCUUGCAAAUCACUUCAAGCUAAGUAAACGAUCUUGUCCAACUACCAAAGAAGAAAAGGAGAAAAUGUCACCUAUUCCUUAUUCUUCUGCAGUUGGUUCACUGAUGUAUGCAAUGGUAUGUACACGGCCAGACAUUGCCCAUGCUGUUGGUGUUGUGAGUAGAUUCUUGUCUGAUCCAGGCAAGAUUCACUGGGAAGCUGUUAAGUGGAUCUUCAGAUAUCUUAGAAGAACUACUAAGUUGUGUUUGACAUUUGGGAAAACUGAACCAAUUCUAAAGGGAUACACAGAUGCAGACAUGGCAAGUGACCUUGAUAAUAGAAAAUCUAUUUCAGGGUAUUUAUUCACUUUUGCAGGGGGAGCUGUAUCAUGUCAAUCAAAAUUGCAGAAGUGUGUUGCCUUGUCAACAACCGAAGCUGAAUACAUUGCAGCUACAAAAGCUGGUAAAGAGAUGCUUUGGAUGAAGAGAUUCCUACAAGAAUUGGGAUUGAAGCAGAAAGAAUCUGAGAUAUCAUUGGUUACGCUUAGUGACAGAGAACAAGCAGUUCAACUCAAAAAGAUUCACACAAACGACAAUGUUGCUGAUAUGAUGACAAAAGCUCUUCCCAGGGAAAAGUUUGAAUAUUGCACGAAGUUGGCCGGGGUGGACUCCAAGUAAGGAGUCAAGGUUUAAGUCUCCUCCCAUGGGGCUGGAGGGGGAGAUUGUUGCGGAAAUUUCCAGCCCAUGUGAACACAUGGACUUCCAUGUGGUAAAAUCUUCAUACCCUAUGGUAAAAGGCUACACCUAUAGUAGCUCUUGUUGAAUGUUUGCUAGUAAAUUCAACUAUUGCAU